AUGGUGUCUGAAAGAGUCAGUUUAAUCCUAUUCCUGAUUUGUUCAUUUCUAGUACUGGUACCACUAGUUCUAACCAUGGAGCCAAGCUUAGAAGUUGAACAUGAGGCCUUGAAGGCCUUUAAGAAUUCAGUUGCUGACGACCCCUUUGGAGCCCUUGCAGAUUGGAGUGAAGCCAACCAUCACUGCAAUUGGUCUGGAAUCACAUGUGACCUUUCAUCCAAUCAUGUCAUAUCGGUCUCGCUGAUGGAGAAGCAGCUUGCAGGUCAGAUCUCUCCAUUCCUUGGAAACAUUUCCAUCCUCCAGGUUCUAGACUUGAGUUCCAACUCAUUCACUGGCCACAUUCCACCUCAGCUGGGGCUUUGCUCCCAGCUUUUAGAAUUGAAUCUUUUCCAAAAUUCUCUUUCUGGAUCAAUUCCACCAGAACUAGGAAACCUUAGAAAUCUGCAGUCAUUAGACUUGGGGAGUAACUUCUUGGAAGGAAGCAUCCCCAAAAGCAUUUGCAACUGCACUGCCUUGUUGGGACUUGGCAUCAUCUUCAACAAUCUCACAGGUACCAUCCCAACAGACAUUGGAAAUUUAGCUAAUCUUCAAAUCCUUGUACUAUAUAGCAACAAUAUUAUUGGUCCUAUACCAGUUUCCAUAGGUAAGUUGGGAGAUUUGCAAUCUCUAGACCUAAGUAUCAACCAAUUGUCUGGUGUAAUGCCUCCAGAGAUCGGGAACUUAUCGAACUUAGAAUAUCUUCAAUUGUUUGAGAAUCACCUUUCUGGAAAAAUCCCAUCAGAACUGGGGCAGUGUAAGAAGCUGAUCUAUCUGAACUUGUACAGCAACCAAUUUACAGGAGGCAUUCCUUCUGAGCUAGGAAACUUGGUCCAGUUGGUUGCUCUGAAGUUGUACAAAAAUAGGUUAAAUUCAACAAUUCCAAGCUCCUUAUUCCAGCUGAAAUAUUUGACUCACUUAGGAAUCUCUGAGAAUGAGUUGAUUGGAACUAUUCCCUCUGAGCUUGGAUCUUUGAGAUCACUGCAGGUACUAACUUUGCAUUCAAAUAAGUUCACUGGGAAAAUCCCUGCACAGAUAACCAACUUGACAAACUUGACAAUUUUGUCAAUGAGCUUCAACUUCCUCACAGGGGAGCUUCCAUCCAAUAUCGGAUCCCUUCAUAAUUUGAAGAACCUGACCGUGCACAACAACCUUCUAGAGGGAUCCAUUCCAUCUAGUAUCACCAAUUGCACCCAUCUUGUCAACAUCGGUUUAGCUUAUAAUAUGAUAACAGGGGAAAUUCCACAAGGUUUGGGACAGUUGCCGAAUCUUACUUUCCUUGGUUUAGGGGUUAACAAAAUGUCGGGGAACAUUCCUGACGACCUCUUCAAUUGCUCAAAUCUGGCUAUCCUAGAUUUGGCCAGGAACAAUUUCAGUGGAGUUCUGAAACCAGGCAUUGGCAAGCUCUAUAAUCUGCAAAGAUUGCAAGCCCACAAGAAUUCCUUAGUAGGGCCUAUCCCACCUGAGAUUGGCAAUUUAACUCAAUUGUUCUCCUUACAGCUGAAUGGGAAUAGUUUGUCAGGCACAGUUCCUCCUGAAUUAUCCAAGCUUUCUCUCCUCCAGGGUCUGUACCUCGAUGACAAUGCCCUAGAAGGUGCAAUUCCUGAGGAAAUUUUUGAACUAAAACAUCUCAGUGAGCUUGGUUUGGGUGACAACCGGUUCGCAGGACACAUUCCACAUGCUGUCUCUAAACUUGAGUCGCUUUUGAACUUGUACCUCAAUGGAAACGUGCUCAAUGGAUCCAUCCCAGCAAGCAUGGCUCGUCUUUCUCGGCUGGCAAUCUUGGAUCUCUCUCACAACCAUCUUGUCGGGUCAAUACCGGGACCUGUCAUUGCUAGUAUGAAAAACAUGCAGAUAUAUCUCAACUUUUCACACAAUUUCUUAUCAGGACCCAUUCCAGAUGAGAUUGGGAAAUUGGAGAUGGUCCAGGUCGUAGAUAUGUCAAACAAUAAUCUAUCAGGGAGCAUUCCAGAGACUCUUCAAGGCUGCAGAAACUUGUUCAAUCUUGAUCUGUCAGUGAAUGAGCUUUCUGGUCCAGUUCCAGAGAAGGCAUUUGCCCAAAUGGAUGUACUUACAAGCUUGAACCUUUCAAGAAAUAAUUUAAAUGGUGGACUACCUGGAAGCUUAGCGAAUAUGAAGAAUCUAAGCUCUCUGGACCUUUCUCAGAACAAGUUCAAGGGCAUGAUCCCGGAGAGUUAUGCAAAUAUUUCCACCUUGAAGCAGCUGAAUCUUUCUUUCAAUCAACUGGAAGGUCGUGUUCCAGAGACUGGGAUAUUCAAAAACGUAAGUGCAUCUUCUUUGGUGGGAAACCCAGGUCUUUGUGGAACCAAAUUUCUAGGCUCAUGCAGGAAUAAGAGCCAUUUAGCUGCUUCUCAUCGAUUCUCCAAGAAAGGUCUGUUGAUUCUCGGGGUACUUGGAUCCCUCAUUGUAUUGCUGCUUCUCACAUUUUCUGUUAUAAUCUUCUGUCGGUACUUCAGAAAGCAAAAAACAGUUGAAAAUCCAGAACCAGAGUAUGCUUCAGCAUUGACGCUCAAGAGGUUCAAUCAAAAGGAUUUAGAAAUAGCUACCGGCUUCUUUAGUGCAGAAAACGUCAUUGGGGCCAGCACUUUGAGUACGGUAUACAAGGGCAGAACGGACGAUGGGAAGAUUGUAGCCGUAAAGAAAUUGAAUUUGCAACAGUUCUCUGCUGAGGCUGAUAAGUGCUUCAAUAGAGAAGUGAAGACCCUGAGCCGACUCAGGCACAGAAACCUCGUAAAGGUACUUGGGUAUGCUUGGGAAAGUGGAAAAAUAAAGGCUCUAGUUCUGGAAUACAUGGAGAAGGGGAACUUGGACAGCAUUAUACAUGAACCAGGGGUGGAUCCUUCAAGGUGGACUUUAUUGGAGAGAAUCAAUGUUUGUAUUUCCAUUGCAAGGGGGCUGGUUUACUUGCAUUCAGGGUAUGAUUUCCCCAUUGUCCACUGUGACUUGAAGCCUUCUAAUGUUCUUUUGGAUGGAGAUUUGGAGGCCCAUGUGAGCGAUUUUGGAACAGCUCGAGUUCUGGGUGUUCAUCUCCAGGAUGGAAGCAGUGUUUCCUCAUCAUCAGCAUUUGAAGGCACAAUCGGAUACUUGGCACCAGAGUUCGCAUACAUGAGGGAGCUCACAACCAAAGUCGAUGUGUUCAGCUUUGGGAUCAUAGUAAUGGAGUUCCUAACAAAAAGAAGGCCAACAGGACUGGCAGCAGAGGAUGGCUUGCCAUUGACCUUGCGUCAGCUGGUGGAUGCGGCCCUUGCCAGUGGAUCCGAAAGGCUUCUUCAAAUAAUGGACCCUUUCUUAGCUUCAAUUGUAACAGCGAAGGAGGGGGAAGUACUGGAAAAGCUGCUUAAACUGGCCUUGUCUUGCACCUGCACUGAGCCUGGGGAUCGACCCGACAUGAAUGAGGUGCUGUCCAGUCUUUUGAAGCUAGGAGCAAAGAUACCACCUCCAUUACCAUCAUCAUCAUGA